AUGAGUAAACGCAAAAUCAUUCAUGAUGAAGAAGCAGAAGAGGAGGGUGAUACCAUUUCCGUUUCAUCCAACGACUUGUCGAAUGGAGAAUUGAGUAAGGAUGAUAACUCCGAGAAUGAAACAAGCACCGUUGUUAUUACUACUCCGUAUGCACGUGAUUCAAAGAAAACAAAAAUCAAUCAUCACAACAGUUCAUCAACACCUUCUUCUUCUUCUUCUUCGUUAGUUCUUCAAUCUAGCGGUUAUAAAGAAAAAAGAACUACUCCUUCUUCAAAAUCACAGACGACCAUCAACAACAAUUCAAAAUCUUCAUCCGUAACGAAAACUAAGCCUUCUUCUUCACCAAGUGGAUCCAAAUCCGCAACAAGUACUCCGAAAACACCGACCACACACAAGAACGUCACAAGCAAUGCAGCAAGCAGCACGCUCUCCAAAGCAACUCCAUCAAGCAGUUCUCAUCAUCAUGGGAAAUCAUCGAGCAGUAAAGAUAAAACACCAAAAUCUGCCUCGUCUUUCUCCACGAAACACCAGAGUGAUUUGAUCAACCUCUCUCCAGCCAGUAUUCAUAGUUCAGACGAUGAAGAAUUCAAUGAAAAUGCUGAUAACAAAUUGACCAUUGGAGAAAUAAUCACUCCUCCAGUGGUAGAAUUCUCUAAAAACAAAAUUCACACCUAUUUUCCAUACAAAUUUUCAACAAUUGAGGAUUUUGAGAAGGUAGUGAAAUGCAUUGAAGAAAAAUAUAAUGAGCUAAAUAUUUACGUGAAAGCACCUGAUCUCAAAGUCAUUAAGGAUUGGCAAAAUCAUUUAAAAAAUCAGAAAUUGAUCAUUGCUGCUAGGGUUGUCCGAAAAGAAAAAUCAAGAGAUGACAAUACUUUUAACAUUGAACAGGAAGAUAAAGAUUUCAAAACUAUCAACAGAUUAAUGUAUAGACUCAGAAACAUUCUUAUUAACCAUGAAAACCAUGAUACAACAGACAUCUCCAGAUUAACCUCGUGUGUUAAAGAGCGGACCGAAAGAAAAAAACAGGAAGAAGAAGAGGAACGUAUUUUACAAAAAGAACACAAUGAAUUGCAGUCAAAAUCGGAAGCAGACCAAAAGAAAUUCUUCAUUAAGAGGGAAGGCCCUGUUCAAGGUCUCAAGGAAUACUAUGAAUGGUCAUCAACUCUUGCUUUGGGAGCACAUUUGUCAACCAUUGCCCAUACACAUGACAGGCAAUUUAGUGUGGUUGAUAAAUUGUCGCCGUUCGUUGCUACUGCACGAAGAAAUACAACAACCACCACCGACGACGAUGAGGAUGAUAUUUUAAAUCAAGACAUUUUGUAA